AUGUUAUACUUUGUUGUUCAAUCGAUUAUCGCCUAUUUCAAUUAUCCUACACAAACAUCGGUGAGUUUCUAUGACGAAUGGCCACAAAACUUUCCGGCAGUGACUAUCUGCAAUAAUUCUCCAUUUGUGUACGAUUCAUUCAUUGGAUCAUUUUUAAAUUAUACUAACUCAUUGAAUUUAACACAUACAAAUGAUACCACGGAAUUUUCCUUCCAACAAGCACGUUAUAUUCGUGAUUUUCUAAUCUAUAAACUGAAUCGAAAUGAGUCUGUCACUGAUUUCUACUAUCCACUCGAAUCAAUGUUGAUCAAAUGUAUCUUUAAUGGUAUGAAUUGUUCUGUAAAUGAUUUCAUUCAAUUCGUAUCUCCUGUAUACGGUGUCUGUUAUACUUUUAAUGCUAAAGUAGAUCACACGAGUAAGGGUUGA